CCAUGUCCUGCAUUUAAUUUGAGGUUUGAUCUUCCAAAUAUAACACUUACCAGAUAAGAUGGACCCACGGGAUUAUUUUUCCUUGAGGUCUCACCUGAGCAGGUGCAUGUACAGAAGACAGAGCGGAAAGAGACUGAUUAGAGAGGUUGGAGUGGUAGAGGGUGUGACCCUCUUAAUCAUUCUUCACUUCCUUUUUUUUACAAGACGACUUGGCAUCGUCCACCACAUCCGCAGCAACGCCUCUUUGGUGUCGUCCGCUUCCAAUAACCCAGCUUGGGUCCUGCACACUUGUGGCUUCCGUGCCCAUAAUAACAACUCAUGGUUCUAGCUGUCAGUCGCCAAGCAUUGCCAAAGCUUGGAGAGGUUAUCUGGAAAGACUUUUACUCAGAAUCAUUUUGAUUCAGGCCAGCUGGAUUCUCCCGCGGUGAUAUGGAAAUUCGCUCCCUGCUCUGAUUCUCCUCCAGGUGCGGGGGAAGCAGGUGCCCAGGAGAGAGGGGAUAAUGAAGGUUCCCUGCUGAUGAUCCCAGAUUGAACCUGCAGACCAAGCGCAAAGUAGAAACUGAAAGUACGCUGCCGGCGGGUCCUACGGAAGUUAUGGAAAAGGCAAAGCGCGGAGCCAGGCCGUGGUGUGUGACGCCCCCACUGGGAUGGAUGAAACAGCAGGCGCGGCGUGGGUAAGAGGAACCAGCUGCAGAGAUCACCCUGCCCAGCACAAACUCACAGGCUCGGCAACUCCGCGGAAGACCAGGGUUCUGGGAGUGACUAUGGACGGUGAGAGCUUGCUCCCGCUCCAGUUGCGGUCAUCAUGACUACGCCUGCUUCCCACAGACCAUGUUCCAUGUUUCUUUUAGGUAUAUCUUUGGACUUCCUCCCCUGAUCCUUGUUCUGUUGCCAGUAGCAUCAUCUGAUUGUGAUAUUGAAGGUAAAGAUGGCAAACAAUAUGAGAGUGUUCUAAUGAUCAGCAUCGAUCAAUUAUUGGACAGCAUGAAAGAAAUUGGUAGCAAUUGCCUGAAUAAUGAAUUUAACUUUUUUAAAAGACAUUUAUGUGAUGAUAAUAAGGAAGGUAUGUUUUUAUUCCGUGCUGCUCGCAAGUUGAGGCAAUUUCUUAAAAUGAAUAGCACUGGUGAUUUCGAUCUCCACUUAUUAAAAGUUUCACAAGGCACAACAGUACUGUUGAACUGCACCAGCAAGGUUAAAGAAAGAAAACCACCUGCCCUGGGUGAAGCCCAACCAACAAAGAGUUUGGAAGAAAAUAAAUCUUUAAAGGAACAGAAAAAACUGAAUGACUCAUGUUUCCUAAAGAGACUACUACAAGAGAUAAAAACUUGUUGGAAUAAGAUUUUGAGUGGCACUAAAGAACACUGAAAAAUAUGGAGUGACAAUAUAGAAACAUGAACUUUAGUUGCAUCCUCCAAGAAUCUAUCUGCUUGUGCAGUUUUUCAGAGUGGAAUGCCUCCCAGAAGUUACUGAAUGUAUCCUGGUCAAAAUGGAUUAUAUCAAUUGAGAAAUACAUCUUGUCUUACUAGAAGAUGGAUACAAACAAUGGAAACUGAAUGCUGCAGUCAACAAACUAUUUCAUAUGUAUGCGAACAUACAUCAAUCAGUAUAAUUCUGUACUGAUUUUUGUAAGACAAUCCAUGUAAGGUAUCAGUUACAAUAAUACUUUUCAAACCUGUUUAAAUAUUUCAAGAGAAGGCAUUAAAUCUAUGAAGUAUUAAAGGUUUCAAAGACUCAAAAUUGACAUUGCUUUACUGUCAAAAUAAUUUUAUGGUUCACUAUGAAUCUAUUAUACUGCAUUAAGAGUGGAAAUUGUCAUCUUCUGUGCUGGAGAUGUUUUAGGGUUAACAAUGAUAUAUGAAUAAUGCCCAUGAGAAUAAGAGAGUCAUAUACCUCAAGGAAGCAACAGCAUAACAAAUUCCAAGAUAUGUAAGAGAGAUUUCAAGAGAUGUAAUUAAUCAUGAAUGUGUAACACAGUGCCUUCAAUAAAUGGUAUAGCAAAUGUUUUGACAUGAAAAAGCACAAUUUCAAAAAAGAAACAAAUAAAUAAAUUUACCUAAUCUAAGGAUGCUAAACUUUAGCACUGAGUUACUUUGUCAUUUAUAUAGAAUAUAACUUGUCUAAAUAAGUUGCAAUUUGGGAGGUAUAUUUUUAAGAUAAUAAUAUAUGUUUACCUUUUAAUUAACAAAAUAUAUGUAUUUAAUUUUGACACUAUAUCUGUAUAUAAAAUAUUUUCAUACAGCAUUACAAAUUGCCUACUUUGGAUAACAUUUCUCCUUUGAUAAAAUAAAUGACCUAUGUAUUAA